CUCUAUUUGUCUCGUUGUUGGAAGCUUUAAAGCUCAGUUGGGGAUAUGCAGUCGCAGGAGGCAUGGCGUGGAUUGUGUGCUUUAGCAAACAUUAAAUAGAAACAUUUUCUCAUACAUUUUUGAACUGCUUCUCCUUGCAUUUUUUUUCUAAAACGAAGGGAUCUUGUUACAUUUCUUUUUCACAGAAGCCUUAAACGGGUAAGCUGCAAAGGACACUGUGCUUUCUCUAAUGUGCAGUAACGAUGAGCCCAGCAUUCGGAGCCAUGGAAGUGGAGCACUACGCAAAGGGAGUUCUGCUCGAACCUUUUUUACACCAGGUCGGAGGGCACUCCUGUGUCCUUAGGUUUAAUGACAAAACCAUCUGUAAGCCCCUUAUUCAAAGGGAGCAUCUGUUUUAUGAAACACUCCCUUCCGAGAUAAGGAAAUUUACACCUCAAUAUAAAGGUGUGGUGUCUGUGAGUUUCGAGGAGGACGAAGAUGGGAAUCUGUGUCUAAUCGCCUAUCCCUUAAAUGGGGACCAAGACAACCUGGAAAAUUUAGAUUAUUCGGAAUGCAGUGAGCCUAAAGGCAAACUGCUACGGUGGUCGAAUAAAAAGGCUCUUAUGUUGGAAAAUGAUAACAUUACCAAGGAGAGAGUCCGGCAGCACAGAAAGGAAGAGAAAAUGAAAAGUCACAAAUUGGAGGAGGAGUUUGAAUGGUUAAAGAAAUCUGAAGUCCUAUAUUACAGUGUGGAAAAAAAAGGGAAUGUUGGUUCACAAUUCAAGCACAACCCUUGGAGUAUGAAAUGUCACCAGCAGCAGCUGCAGCGUAUGAAGGAAAAUGCCAAACACCGAAACCAAUAUAAAUUCAUACUUUUGGAAAACCUCACCUGCCGAUACCAAGCACCGUGUGUCCUGGAUCUGAAGAUGGGAACUCGGCAGCAUGGAGAUGAUGCAACAGAGGAGAAAAAAGCUAACCAGAUACGCAAGUGUCAACAGAGCACAUCAGCAGUUAUUGGGGUCCGGGUGUGUGGCAUGCAGGUCUACCAGACAGGUACCGGGCAGCUUAUGUUUAUGAACAAAUACCAUGGCAGGAAACUUUCAGUUCAGGGUUUUAAAGAAGCACUUUACCAGUUCUUUCAUAAUGGCAAAUACUUGCGCCGGGAACUAUUUGAACCUGUAAUAAAAAAACUGACCGACCUUAAACUGGUUUUAGAAAAACAAGAAUCCUACCGAUUCUAUUCCAGUUCACUUCUUAUUAUUUAUGAUGGGAAAGAAUUACCGGAGGUUCACAUGGACUCGGACCCAGAAGAUUUAGAUGAUCUAUCAGAGGAAUCAUCCGAUGAAUCAGCUGGAGCAUAUGCAUAUAAACCCUCACCUAAUAAGUCCACCGCUAGCACUGUUGACAUUAGAAUGAUUGACUUUGCACAUACAACCUGCAAAUUUUACGGGGAAGAUAGCAUUGUACAUGAAGGCCUGGACACUGGCUACAUUUUUGGACUUCAAAAUUUAAUAGCAAUUAUUAAAGAAAUAAGAGAUGAAAGCAGCGAAUAAAGGGUAUAAUGAUUGCAUCACAUGAAGCACUAUACGGACUGUUUAUAUUCCAGUAUGAUGACCACUUUGUGGGCAUAAAAAUCAUUACAGGAUCCGAGAAGGCCUAGCCACAUCGGAGAGACUUGUUCUAAAAGAGGGCAUUUUCUUGCAGCUCUGCUGGAAGGAGCACUGAUUAAUAAUGUUAUUUAUUUGAAAUAUUUCUAAAACAUUCCAUAUUUGAUGAUUCAAAUACCUCUGUUACACCUGUGUGUUUGUGUUCCAAUAAAAUUCCUUAUUUUUUUCA